UUUGCCGAGUGCAGCCGACAACAUCCGGAAGUGUGAGCAGUGUAACGUGCGGCAGGCUGCGGCUCUGUACCUCUCUCACACAGCUUUUAGGUGGCUAGUUGGGCACCCGGUCUCAGUUUUAAACUUGUACCGUUGGCCACCAUGUCUGUUUUGUGUUACAACAAGGGAUGUGGGCAGCGAUUUGACCCAGAAAACAACCCAGACGAUGGCUGCACCUACCAUCCGGGAGUCCCGGUGUUCCAUGAUGCCUUGAAGGGAUGGUCGUGCUGCAAGAGAAGAACCACCGACUUCUCCGACUUUCUCAGCAUUGUUGGCUGCACAAAAGGUCCACACAAUAAAGAGAAGCCACCGGAGCCUGUGAAACCAGAUGUGACUUCAUCGGGAGAAAAGAAGGACUUGGAGAACCAAAAACCAAAGUUUAGCGAGUACAUCAUCUCCGCACCGAAACCUCAGGAGGCGAUACGCAGACCGAGUGCUGAUGAGCCAAUGGUGAGGAUGCAGCAUAAAGUUUCUGCUUCUCUGAAGACGGCGCUGGAGAAACUGAAACUAUCGGAAAAUGCGGCAGAGAAGAAAGAGGAGGACAGCGACGAGAUCAAAAUCGGAACAUCCUGUAAAAAUGGAGGAUGCACUAAAAGCUUUGAAGGACCUACAAGUGAUUCUGACGUGUGCUCGUACCACUCUGGAUUUCCCAUCUUCCACGAAGGGAUGAAAUACUGGAGCUGCUGUAAGAGGAAAACCUCCGACUUUAACACCUUCCUCUCUCAAGAGGGCUGCACCAAGGGUACACAUCUAUGGAGGAAAAAAGAUGCGGGUAAGAAGGUGGUGCCGUGUCGGUUUGACUGGCACCAAACCGGGUCGCAGGUCAUCAUUUCUAUCUACGCCAAAAACGCCGUCCCAGAGCUGAGCUACGUGGAUGCCAACAGCACCACGCUCGACAUCCACGUUAUAUUUGAGGGAGAGAAGGAAUUUCAGCAGAAAAUCAGUUUGUGGGGAGUGAUAGAUGUGAGUAAAAGUUUUGUGAACAUGAUGGCGGCCAAGAUCGAGGUAGCCAUGAAGAAGUCGGAGCCAAUGUCCUGGGCUCGUCUGGACCUUCCUCCACCUGUACCCCCACCCAAGGAGAGCGAGGAGAAAAAAGACGAGGGCGACAGUGACGAUGAAGACGAAUGAUGAGCGUUUAAAUUAAGGAUGUGUAUUUUUAGCUGAAUCAAAGGCCUCAAGCCACACGGUCUGUUCUUUACCUUUUGUAAAGAACUGACUCUUUUGCUGUUAUGGGAUUUAGCCUUUACUCCUCGACAUUACAGUGUUUCCUUCAUCAUCCUAAAUCCUCACAAUACACUAUUUUCCCGUUUUUUGUUUUUUUUCUACAGUUUUUGAAUCUUUACUAGUCAUCUUAUUGGUUGUAUUUAAAUUCUAAAUUAUCUCCAAAUAUGUUUUUUACACCAAUAAAAGGUCUAACACUGAUUUUAAUCGGCUUCAAUCAGAUCAGAUGACGGCCCGCUUCUUAAAAUUGCACUGAAAUCCCAUGAAAAUUGCUCACAUCCAGUCACCGUAACAGACCACAGUUGUGACCACCUUUAAAAAAACAAACAAAACAAAUAAUGCAAUAUCUGGUAAAAGAUGAUUCCAUCUGUUCACUUCCAUUUGUUUGUGUUCAUUCCAUCCUUUGAUUUCUUUCAUUGUGUAAAUUAUUGCAUUGUUUGUGUCCACGAGUAUCACAGCAAACAAAGUACUGUCUCUACAGAUAUAUUUCUGCACAUUUGUGAGCGGUUCUAUGUAGUUUGAGAACUUUGCGUCACUUAAAUGUCCAUAUUUGUGUCAUAUGGAAUUUAUUCUGAGUAAAUUGUGUGGUAAGAAAUGAACUACUUCCCUGGCACUCUCAAAGAUGUAUAUCGAUCCAUUUCAAAUUUAUUUACAUUUAAAACCGUAGAUUUGCUGCAGAUUUCUUUCUUUUUUUACAUGAUUAUAAAUAAUGUGUACUUUGUAAAAGUUCUGCUUUACAAUACUGUAUCUGUCUGCUCAAAAGAACAUGGUGCAGUUUCAAUGACAAUGUACUGUAAUAUCUGAGAAUGCCAGUUGAAUGCUGUAAUAGAAAAGUGCUUUGCCGGACAGCAUGUGUCAAAGCCUGGAAUGUAUGAAGUAUAUUUGGCUGAAUGAGACCACGAUGGGAGAGGAAAAUUGUUAAGGAACCAAUUUAUCUUACCAAAAAAUAAACUUUUCUGUUGAUAUUUUAAAA